GCUCCCUUGACCCUUCAUCUCGUUGCUCCUUUUUCCUAUGAUCCCGUCCAUCUUCUCGCCGAUCCAAAGCAAUCCAACCCCCAAAACCCUAACCGUACUGCCUCUGUGCUCUCCACGCGCUGCUAGCCUCGUCUCCCCUACUCAUUCCCGCCGCCCGCUCCCUUGUCCCCUCCACCGAGCCAGUGAGCCGCCGCCGCCGCUUGCAGCCCUCGCGGUCGGCUGCCUCGUCGCCGACGGCCCUACCCUUUUGAACAACGGUUGCGUGGUGAGGCGGUGUCUGUGAAUUUGGUCCCCUCAGGAGUGAGGGCACCGUGCAUCCCUGAAGUGCCCUCCCUGGGCCGCCUGCUUAAGGUAAGCAAGAAAUAUGGUAGAGGAGUUGCCGACGGAGGUACCAAUCGAGGAUGUGUCUGCUAGUGCCGCUGUGAAGAGCUCAGAGCUAUCAGGGAACGGUGCAUUGCCGAAGAACGUUGAAAAAUCUCAGGAAUUGGGAGGUAACCCUGUGAGGGAGCUGCCUUUGCAUGAGGGCAAAGAGGUGAUCCUCCUUGAUGACAAUGACAGUGGAGAGGAAGAUGUGGGGAGGGCCAAGGUAGAUGCGAAUGCACCCCGUUUUGGGUUGAGAUUCAAAACUUACGAUGAUGCACUAAGGUACUACAAGCAGUAUGCUGUCGAUUCUGGCUUUUCGGCGAUCAUCCUAAAGUCCUCGUACUUGAAGUCAGGAGUGUGUCGGAGGUUGGUGCUUGGAUGCAGUCGAGCAGGGAGAGGAAGAGUGAAUGCAUGCUAUCUGUCUAGAGAAACAGCAAAGAUAAACUGUCCAGCUAGGAUCUCGUUGAAGUUAAGGCAAGACAGAUGGCUUCAUAUUGAUGAUGCUAAGCUUGAUCACAACCAUCCACUGAACCAAUCUUCUGACUCACUCAUGAACUGUUACAAGAAACUGACGGACGCCAAGAAUGGGGAAACUACUUCACGGUUAAAAGGACGCCGGAAUGUUCCGAUAGUUGACAGAGAGCAAGGGAACUUUACUGAGAUAGGAAGGCUUAAGUUCGGUGAAGGAGAUGAUGAGUACAUCCAGAAGUUUUUCGGGGGCAUGCAGAAUAAGAAUCCAAAUUUCUUCUACUUAGUAGAUUUGGACAAACAAGGGCGCCUGAGGAACUUGUUUUGGAGCGAUGCUAGGUCACAGGCAGCGUAUGAAUAUUUUGGUCAAGAUGUUGUUUAUUUCGACACUUCAUACCUGACCCAAAAAUUUGAUUUGCCACUUGUUUUCUUCACUGGGAUGAAUAACCAUGGUCAGUCUGUUUUGUUUGGUACUGGUUUACUGUCGGAUCUAAGUGCUGACAGCUAUACUUGGUUAUUUAGAGCAUUUUUGACAUGUAUGAAGGAUUCUUACCCCUACACAAUCAUCACUGAGCAUUACAAUGCUAUUCUAGAUGCGGUUAGAGAAGUAUUUUCCCAAGUUAAACAUCGCCUUUGUCUGUAUCGCAUUAUGAAAGACGUGGCAGAGAACUUGAAAGCACAUGCGGAAUUCAAAACAAUUAAGAAAUCACUGAAGAAAGUAACCUAUGGGUCUUUGAAGAUCCCAGAGUUUGAAGCUGACUGGAAGAAGAUUAUCGAGGAACAUAGUCUUGCAGAAAAUGAAUGCCUCAGUUCCCUAUUUAUGCAUCGGCAAUUAUGGGCACCUGCCUAUCUCAAAGACAAAUUCUGGGCGGGUAUGUCAGUUUCACAGCGCGGGGAGUCUGUUACUUCAUACUAUGAUGGGUUUGUGUACCCAAAAACUUCUCUGAAGCAAUUCUUCAGUAAAUAUGAGAUGAUAUUAGAGAACAAAUACAAGAAAGAGUUGCAAGCAGAUGAAGAAUCAUCCCAUAGGACGCCAUUGACUGUAACGAAGUUUUACAUGGAAGAGCAACUGGCCAAAGCAUAUACAAUCAGCAUGUUCAGGAAAUUUCAGGAUGAAUUGAAAGCAACAAUGUAUUGUGACGGUAUGGAAACAUCAGUGGAUGGCUCAUUUGUUACUUUUAAUGUGAAAGAAUGCUCAUACAUGGAAGAUGGAAAGGAGACGGAGAGCAGGACUUAUGAAGUUUUAUGUUGGAAAGAAGAAGAGCUCAUUGUUCAGUGUGAAUGUGGUUUCUUUGAGUUCACUGGCAUCCUAUGCAGGCAUGCAUUGUCUGUGUUGAAGUUGCAGGAGUUGUUUGAGAUCCCGCAAAGAUAUGUCCUUGAUCGCUGGAAAAGGGACUAUAAGAAAUUGCAUGCUUUGUCACAUUAUCCUAAUGAGAUGCUCCUUGGUGGCGCAGUUGAGCGCCAUGAUUAUAUGUUCACACAGUGCCGUCAGCUGCUCAAUUUAGGGUUCAUUUCUGAGAGUAGGUACCUUGUUGCUCUGAAGUUGCUACGAGAAGCAGAAAAAGCUCUUCUGGAGGAUGACCUAUCUGCUCGAGAGAGGCAGUCCACGCUUCUCUCUUUCGAGGCUGAAGCUCCUGAAAAUGGUCAAGGCCUUUUUAGUCCUCAGUUUCCAGAGGGUGUAAAGAAUUCUCAAUCAAUAAAUGCAAAGCGCCGAGGUCGGCCAGCAAAGAAAGUGGCAGAAUCUAAUCCUGAUACUGUAUUACGGUCGAAUAAAGAACAGCAGGAUUUUCUGCGGUCAUCAUUUGUGACAGCUGAAACUAGUAUGAUUCAAGGGACACCACCAGCCUCUCAUCUUGAAAGUUCUCACAUGGGAAUGCAAGGAAGCAUUGAUUUAAUGGACGGGAUAUCUCCAAACCUAUCAUUUGGAGCUCAUUUUGGAAUGGAUGUAAAUCACCAACAUCAAGUGCCUAGCCAAGCAAGAAUGUUGCCAAACAACUUUAUGCAGGUCCAGGCAGAUCCCCAUGGGUUCGGAAAUCAGUGGGUUUACAACCCAACUUUGCAGGAUAAUCCGUUGCUAAGAACUCCUACGCGAAGAGCAGGGUAGAACAUGUUCUUUGCUCUAAUUGUGGAAGUACAAUUUUAGGUACCAUGACUUCUCUGGAGCUUGUAAUUACUGCCUGAACUAACCUGGUGACAACAAGGCGAUAGCACUCUACAAGGAACAUUUGGUAACUUGGCAGAGGAAUCCAAGGGAUGACCAUUGUAACAUUUUUGUAACUUUCUUACUGUUAGCUGCUGUUGCUGGCCUGCCCAGUGAUUUUUGGGAUCAAGUUGUACAUAGUAUCUUUAGUCCAUGUGUACAUCCUUUGUUGCCACUGGUUAGUGGCUUACGGAUAUACGGAUGCUACUGCAAAGUUCGCUGAUCAUAAUUUUUCUCAAUACAACAUCGCCAGCGUAUACUUGUACUGCCAUAUGUGCUGGCAUACAUGAUACAUGACAUGACCCUGCCGCCUUGCAGGAUGAAACUAUGCAAAAUGCAGGCUUCUAUUC